AGUUUCACUGUUGAGAUUACUCCAACAACGAAUUCCAAUUAACAGCAAAGAACGAACAGUACAAUGCUUAAUCGUGAUGGAAAUACAGUCGAAGCCUUACAAAUGGCUCGCGAGUUUGCACAAAGAGGACCUCUGCAAACGACGCUGGAAAGCUUUCCACUGGUUUUAGUGAUGUUGAUGGCGUUUUUAGGCAACUCACUGGUUCUAUGGGCGGUUAAAUGUAAUCCACGGCUGCGCACUACGCCAAACUACUACGUCACGGCUUUAGCAUUAACCGAUGUGCUCAUGUCAAUUCUUGUAAUGCCACUGUCUCUCAGCGUCUUGAUCGCAGGCCACUGGCCUUUCAACAAAGGCUCGUGUUUGUAUCAUGGAUAUACUGCGACAACGCUAGGAUCAGCUUCCCUUCUUAUUUUGACAUUAACUUCAGUAAAUCGUUAUUUCAAAGUUGUGCGCCCUAACCAAUACAGAGCUUAUUUCAAAUUGAAGCCCGUGUUAAUCUCUUUGACGAUGGCUUGGCUAAUUGCCUUGGCGUGGCCAGUGUACUUUCUUGUGAUAGGGAUCUUCAGGUACCAUCCUGGCAAAUUUUGCUGUAUUUACGACCUCGAUCAAGUGACACUCGCGGAAGGACUGGCUGUGAACAUAACUUUCGCUAUCGUCACCUUCACCGUCAUCGCCUUCAGUUAUCUCAGAAUUUUUCUGACGAUUCGCAAACACAAUGCAAAUCUAAAUAACAGAGAUCCAACUUCUCCAAAGAUUUCCUCAAAAGAUGUGAGCGUGACAAAACUUCUGUUCGCUGUCGUUGUUGUUUAUGUAUUUUGUUGGCUUCCCUUGUUAGUUGUUGACACUACCGAAAUGUUUACAGGGCAAUACGUUUUCCCUCGACAAAUUUACCAGCUUUAUUCGUACAUGGUCGGAGUCAACAGCGCUGUCAAUCCGAUCGUGUAUGCAUUCUUUAAUCGAGAAUUUAAAACUGAAUUCAAAAGGAUUGUCAGUAAAUUUGGUGGGAAUUCAAACAGGGUAGCGCCACCAGUUGGAAGAACACAGCCUCAAAAGGCAAACGGAACAUAAUCGACGACAACAGAGAAAAUAUUUUUUUUUUAUGCCCAGCUCAAAAGCUAGUUCCGCAAACCACUCAUGAAAGAAACAAAGCGGUCGGUCUUGACUAGAACCUACCUUGGAAAAAAACAAGGAUCGUCCAAGUCUUUGAAAUCCACUGCCAGUACCAUCGUUCGUUACGCAAACUUCUCAGCCAAUUAAACAGCAGAUAACUUUGCGUGACUGAAAUUCAUUGGCUUUACAACUCUCCAGUCUGCCUCUCAGAUUCAGUUUCUGAUUGGCCAAACAGCGAAGAAACGUCAUUUAAAACAUUCAUCCGCAUUCAUUCGUUCAUUUAUUUAUUCAUUCAAACAAUUAUGCCUGA